AUGGGUACGGAACGCUCUCAGCCAGGAGCUGAGCCUUAUGUUACAGGGCACUGUUCCGUGAGUGCCUUGAUCACCAAAGACUCUCCUGCCAAAAUUCGACACGGAAUGUCAUCGACUGUACAAACAUACCAUGAAGAGACAGGCCAAUCCUGCCUACUUUCGCUACCCCUCGAAUUACGACGAGAAAUCUACUGUCACUAUUUCACCUCCAACCUUGCCGAACACAACACUUUAUUACCUAUAUACCAUCUUGUCCAAGACGACAAGAAUUGCAAUGUUUACUGCCUGAGGAAAUGUCACACUAAGAUUCUGACUGUCAGUCGUCAAGUCUAUUUCGAAGCGCGGGAUAUUCUCUAUAGAGAUACCACAUGGCACAUCAGUUUCAAUUCUUUGAAAGCCAGAAUAGAUCCAGAGACUGCUAGUUAUGCAUCUUUGCGAGCAUUUCGCAGUCAACCAGAAUUUCGAUUCAUUCAGAAUAUCUCCGUGGGUGUUAUGUUCCAUACUGUCAAUAAGACAUCUGUCUGGACAUCAGAGGACCGUAUUCGUCUCGAGGUCAACUGCAAGUUGUUAAAUUUCAUCUGCGAAACAUUACUCCGGGCGCCAAACCUGCGGACACUGAAGCUAUUAUGGCAUGAUCCGAUUGAGCAUGGAGACUGGGAAGAGAAGCGUGACUGUCUAACAGCAUUGGCCAGACUGCCAGAGACAGUUGAAUGUGCGGUUUUCUUAGGAAAGGAGUCAGCGACCGUGCAUUGUCCUCUCCGAGAUAUCUGCCGUCAGACAAGCCUUUCGGCACAGGAGCGCGCAGCAAAGGUGGAUCUCAAUCGAUACUUGAAGACCGUUCGGCAACAGCAUCAGGCUUGUUCCCAGGUCACCUGA